GCGAGGAAUUAAUGGAAUAUCAUAUUGAAAUAAGUGUGAACUCAUUUAUGUGGUGGCAUUUGAAAUGGAAUUAAUUCUUCCUGCAUUCUGAAAAUGAAAUAAAACGAGGCUUACAUGGAAUUUCACUCAGCUGAAUAAUGCAUAACAAAAGCAGUAAAUGCAACGGAAACGCAAAAAGCAGAAACAACCAAAACACCAAGAAAUGACAGCAACAGAUUUAUUUUAUCGACGUACAAAAUUCAUAGGUUAAAAAUGUUUUUAGCUGAAUCAGGUGAUUCGGUGGGGGCUGUCUCUGAUAGAUGCUUUUUCACAGAUACAUUGCAUUGCAUUGUCAAAAGUGGUUUUCGACGGUAGAUGAUCACCAUCCACAUCAAAAGGUUUUACAACGGAAUCUGUAUUAUAUAGAUGUAUUCGACGGAUAAAAACUUCCAAAUAAAUCAAACAGGAUAAGUACCCAAGCAAUGUAUAGAUAAUAAGCAUACAAUGAUGAUGGAAUAUAACAUAGAGCGUAAAUAAAACACGGUUCACCAAGUCUUAAGAAAAAGACAUACUCCACUCGCACACAUACGUUACCACCAAUAAAAUCAGUGGCAGCAGAUAAUCAGCACCAUUUAACGAUGACUAAAAAUACUCAUGACGAUGCGGACAAUGAACAAGGUGCUCGGGAGCAAGUGGUUGCGUACACAGAAAGAUCGCAAGUCAAACACGAGAAUCGUCAUAUUCAACUGGUGCGCGAAUAUGGAUUUCAUCCACGUACCAAAGCAUCCGUUAGCGAUGGCGCGGUCUUGCCGCGGAAAUAUGAACCAUUCCCAGAUAAUAUGUACGGACGGCCAUUAGAAGAAAUAGAUACAUUCAUUUAUGAAGAGACAUUUUGUGUGGUAUCGAAACGUUUCCAAAAGAACUACAUUCAUAGAUUUACUGGUACGAAAAGCUUAUUUUUAUUUGAACCAUGGAGCAAAACUCGUCGAAUCUGCGUAUAUAUAGCAACGAACCAAUUUUUCGAUUAUAUUGUCAUGGCAACGAUCCUAUUUAAUUGUAUCUUCUUGGCUAUGACAGAGACAGUGGAAGAGGCCGAGUACAUAUUUUUGGCGAUUUACUCUUGCGAAAUGGUAAUCAAAGUUAUUGCCAAAGGUUUUGUUCUGAAUAAAUACACUUACUUACGUAAUCCGUGGAAUUGGCUGGAUUUCGUUGUGAUCACAAGCGGCUAUGCAACAAUCGGUAUGGAAGUUGGUAAUUUGGCUGGUCUCCGAACGUUUCGUGUGCUACGAGCUCUCAAAACAGUAAGCAUAAUGCCAGGCCUCAAAACCAUCAUCAACGCGUUGCUGCAUUCAUUCAAACAGUUGGCUGAAGUCAUGACACUGACGAUCUUCUGCUUGAUGGUCUUUGCCCUCUUUGCUCUACAGGUGUACAUGGGUGAGCUGAGGAACAAGUGUGUGAAGAAUGUGCCAGACGGUUGGAAUGUAACACACGAGGAAUGGAGAAUGUGGAUUAAUGAUACGGAUAAUUGGAUAUAUGAUGAGGAAGACAUUGAUAAACCAAUGUUAUGCGGAAAUUUAACGGGAGCGCGACAUUGCCCAAAAGGCUAUACUUGCUUAUGUGUUGGCAAUAAUCCAAAUCAUGGGUACACAAAUUUCGAUAAUUUCAUGUGGUCGAUGUUAACAACAUUUCAACUAAUAACUCUGGAUUAUUGGGAGAAUGUUUAUAACAUGAUUUUAGCAACGUCCGGUCCAAUGAGUGUAACCUUUUUCACUGUUGUCGUGUUCUUCGGAUCAUUUUAUUUAAUCAACCUAAUGCUGGCCGUCGUUGCGCUUGCAUAUGAGGAGGAAGCGGAAAUUACACUCGAGGAACGUAAAAAAGACUUGCUCGAUCAUAGAGACGAUUCAACAUUUAGUUUUGAUCCUACCACACUGACCGUUCGAAAGUUAAACAAAAAUCAUAAGAAAAAAAUCGACUCACGAAAAGGUGUUUUGCUAGCCUCUUAUUCUCGCAAAAAAACGCGGAAAAGAAAAAAAGGUGGGAAGGACGGUGAGAGCAAUGGAAAUAAAACACAACCACAACAGCAACAGCAACACCAACAACAACAACAACAACAACAGCAACAGUCGCAAGAGCAGUUACAACAACAACCGAAUACAAGCCGAUCCAUAACGCCAAGUCCUAAUUCGAAAUCCAAACAGAUUAUUGCACGGCCACAAGUACUAGCUGUACAACGAACUCGAGGUUUGUCAUCAUCUCAAGCCGUUCCGGUUCAAAAUCCAAAUGUUUUACAUCCGUUAGGAGUCAAUUAUCGCGGCCAAUUAUUGCCAACAAGUCGACAAGCCAGUUCGAAUACCAGCGAAGGUGGCGGUAAUCGAGAAUCAUCUCUAGAUGAUUCAGGUGUUGUUGACGAUCACGAGGAACAAGACAUUGAAUCAGCCAACUUGCAGGGAACCGAUUUACAAAGAGAUGUAACACCAUUAACCACCGCACUCUCGCCGCACGAUAUUCAAAUCAUCAAAUGCAAUGGGAACAUAACAAAAAUCCAAAAAGACAAUGCAUGCACAUAUCAGCCUGAAUAUCUAUCACACAUAGUUAUGUUAGAUGAUCUUCCCGACCGCAACUGUAGCAGAUGCGAGCAAUGCUGUAUCGACUACGAUGGAUGGCUUCAUUUCCAAAAUUGUUUGUACAAAAUAGUUAAGGAUCCGCUAUUUGAACUGGGUAUCACAUUGUGUAUAGUUUUGAAUACACUAUUCUUAGCGUUAGAGCAUCACGGAAUGAGUGAGAGUAUACGACAGGCACUGGAUAUCGGAAAUAAGGUUUUCACAUCGAUUUUCGCAUUUGAAUGCAUUGUUAAAUUAAUGGCACUAUCCAAAGAUUUCUUUGGAUGUGGGUGGAAUAUUUUCGAUUUGAUAGUUGUUUCCGCUAGUAUUUGUGACAUUUUUUUGGAGCUGCUCGAAGGUUUAAGCGUUUUACGAGGCUUAAGACUGUUGCGGGUGCUUAAGUUAGCCCAGUCAUGGACGACUAUGAAAGUUUUGUUGAGUAUUAUCAUUUCAACAAUUGGAGCUCUGGGAAAUCUUACGUUAAUCUUAGUUAUAGUCAUUUAUAUAUUUGCCGUUAUUGGAAUGCAAUUGUUUUCGAAGGACUACACACCAGAAAAGUUUUAUCCGGAUCCGGUGCCUAGAUGGAAUUUCAACGAUUUUUUUCACUCAUUCAUGAUGAUUUUUCGAAUUUUGUGUGGAGAAUGGAUUGAACCUCUCUGGGAUUGCAUGCGUGCCGAGGAAAAGGAUGGGGCAUCGACGUGCUUUUUGAUCUUUCUUCCGACUCUUGUUAUGGGAAAUUUUAUGGUUUUAAAUUUGUUUUUGGCCUUGUUGCUUAAUAGUUUUAAUUCCGAAGAGUUGAAAAAUAGAAAGGAGGAAGUUGGAGAUGAGUCUCGUUUGGCGAGAAGCUUCGAACGCAUUCGCUCUAUAAUACGAAAACAACGUUUGGGCCGACGAAACCAAAGUACAAAGAUGUCAGAGGUCGUGAGUGAGGUGAUUAAGCGCGAGAAAAAGCAAAAGCUCCGCAAGCAAUAUCCAACAACACUUUAUCGACGAAGCUACGAAGAAUCUUUGAAACGUCCGAUUUCCGGAUCUGAUUUCGGGUACGAAAUUCCGUUGAAAGAUCCACAUUGCCUGGAAGCGAUAUUGUCAAAAGAAGAUUUGGCUAGUGAACAAACUACAGACAUUGACGCCGAUACAGCGGACAUCGAUAAAACGAUGUUCAGAGAAACGCAUGUUUCAAUCGAAAAUGAGAGAAAAUUGUUGCAGCAAAUGUCUUCCGGCUGCGGAACUCAGCAAAAUGAUAGCAAAGAUGAGCCAACAUACGCUGAAUCUUUAGAACUACAGGUGUUUAGCUAUCCUACCCAGCCAAACGAUGGCGAUCCAGAGUCAUUUGUGUUAUUGCCGAGUAGCUUGAAGCCAGACAACUUGGAUGCCGAUCAGGCUAUCGAGCGAAAGGCAAGCACACCAACGAUUUGUGGAUCCGUGGAGAAUAUCUCUCAAAUUCCAAAGUCGUUAAAAUUGAAAGAAAAUUCAAAUGCAGUUAAUAAAUCAUGUAGUUAUGCGAGCCCAAUAUCGCAAUGUUCAAAAUCGGAGCGAAAAUUGAGUGUGAGUGGCUCAAUAACCCACAAUGAAUUCAACAUUCCACGCUUAAUGAGUGAUCAAUCGAUAAAUUCCAUUUCAAAUGAUCAUGAGGAGAUGUUUUCGCAACAGAAUCUUCGUGACGAACUGCUCAGCUGUGAUAAAAAGGAACUGUUUCAAUUUCUAAACGAUGACUUCGACAACAGUCACAAUUAUUUCAGCGACACCGUUGGCUACGGCAGUGCAAUAAUGGACCCAGACACCGAUAGUCUAAUGUUCGAUUCGAAACGGGAUACCAGCUUAUUCUCAUCCGUUCGCAAAGCAUCGACCACAAGCAAUAAAUCGAAUCUAAGCUACAUUUCAAAUUCAAUAUUCGAAACGCUUGAACAAACUCGCGGUGGUAGUAUUAGCGAAUCGAUUGAUCGAAAAUCGUUGAACCAAAUCAAAGUGGCCGAAACGUAUCCGCAUUGUGAUGAAUUGGAACCGCUGGUGCAGGAUUCCGAAUUCGAAAAUAUAAUUGCCAGUUUUGAGAAAGAAUUAUCGAGCAUCAAAAAUUCAACAUGUUCAUUGCAACGCCAACUAUCGGCCAUAUCACGUACGCCAGAUGUUCAAGCCAAAGGAUCAUUUGAUAAAAGCUCUUCCACAAACACAUACGAAGAAAUACUUCCAAUGAGACAAAAUACGAACAGCAAUCAAAGUACGCGCGACAGUGUUAAACUGAAGCGUCGCAGCUUAGAAAAGCAAAUGAAAGUCGACGAUGAUUUCAAUAUUUCACACGAAAUAAAGAAGAUUUGUGAUAACAUGCAGGCACCUUUUGCCGAUCCGCAUAUCAAACGAGGCACCAAUGCCGAUCUCAAACAAAGCACUAGCUACUCAAGCGGUUCGACCGGUAAAAUAAAUAGUUUAGUUCUUUCACCGAAGCCGCGCCGACGAAGCGAAUUCCAUAGUAGCCUUGACCGAAUCAAGCGGUCGAGCCUUAUCGAUCGCGUCGAUGAAUCGUUGCUGGAGGCCGAGCCGAAUGCUUGUCAACAAACCGAGCAACAAGAGUUACUGUAUCACACGCGCAGCGAAAAACUUCCACGAAAAUAUUUGAAUGCCGACAUGAAUAUUGAAAGUUUAUCAUGGAAAAGUACCGGCAGCUAUGAGCAUUUGAUGUGUCAUACGGAAAAUAAGGAACUUCCGAAAAAGAUUCGAUUUCAAAAAAGCUCCGAAGAUAAUGAAUCAUCUUUUACGGACAAGGAGAAAAGCGAUAGAAAUACAGGUGAUGGUACUAACGGAGAUGAGAGCAAAGAUAAACAAAAUGCCGUAGCACUUUCAGAUAAACCAUGGCAUUGUUUAGUAUCAUAUGUUGAUGAUUUAACCGUAGGUGGAAGACGUAAUUCAAAGGGGCUAUACGAUGAUCCAAUGUUAUUUCCAUCUUUUGGAAAACGUAAAGCUCCAAAGGUACCUGAUGAUUGUUUCCCACAAAAGUGCUAUGAAAGAUGCCCGUGUUGGAAAACUUUUUGUGGUGCUGUUUGUCAAGAAAGGUGGCUAAAAUCUCGAACGGCGGUUUUGUCGGUCGUCGACACACCUGCAUUCGAGUGGUUUGUACUCGUGCUGAUAUUUGCCUCGAGCAUCACACUUUGCUUUGAGGAUAUUUACCUGGAUUCGAACGUGACACUUAAACGACUGCUCUAUUGGACGAAUUUUGUAUUUAGCAUGGUAUUUGUGGUUGAGAUGGUGUUAAAAUGGAUGGCAUUAGGUUUUACAAGAUAUUUCACCAGCUUUUGGACCAUUCUUGAUUUCAUCAUUGUCUUUGUGUCAGUCUUUUCGCUGCUAAUUGAAGAGAAUGAAAACUUAAAAGUUCUACGAUCGUUGAGAACAUUGCGCGCUCUGAGACCGUUGCGUGCUAUCUCACGCUGGCAAGGAAUGCGAAUUGUUGUAAAUGCGCUAAUGUAUGCCAUUCCAUCCAUUUUCAAUGUCCUGUUGGUGUGCUUGGUUUUUUGGCUCAUUUUCUCAAUCAUGGGCGUGCAAUUUUUUGGUGGGAAAUUCUUCAAGUGUGUCGACGAUGAAGGCGUAUUGCUUGACGUUUCGAUUGUGCGAACGCGUUUGGAAUGCUUGGAGAAAAACUAUACGUGGAUCAAUUCGAGAAUUACAUUUGAUCAUGUCGGCAUGGGCUAUUUGGCUCUACUUCAGGUGGCAACAUUUGAAGGAUGGAUGGAAGUGAUGGCUGAUGCAGUAGAUUGUACGGGAGUUGAUUUGCAACCGCAACGGGAGGCUAAUCUUUACGCGUACAUUUACUUCGUUAUUUUCAUUGUUUGCGGAUCGUUUUUCACAUUGAAUCUAUUCAUCGGUGUCAUCAUUGACAAUUUCAAUAUGCUUAAGAAAAAGUACGAGGGUGGAGUUCUGGAAAUGUUCUUGACCGAAUCACAAAAGCACUAUUAUACAGCGAUGAAAAAGCUGGGUCGUAAGAAACCACAGAAAGUGAUUAAACGUCCUUUGAAUACAUUUCUCGCAAUGUUUUACGAUCUUUCCAAUUCUAGAAGAUUCGAAAUAGCGAUAUUUGUUCUAAUUUUUUUAAAUAUGCUGACUAUGGGAAUCGAACAUUACGACCAACCGCAUGCUAUAUUUUUUAUAUUAGAAGUGAGCAAUGCUUUUUUUACCACGGUGUUUGGCUUAGAGGCAAUCGUAAAAAUCGUUGGCCUAAGAUAUCACUAUUUUACGGUUCCAUGGAAUGUUUUCGACUUUUUACUCGUGCUUGCAUCGAUUUUCGGCAUUCUAAUGGAAGACGUUAUGAUUGACUUGCCAAUAUCACCAACAUUGCUGCGUGUUGUUCGGGUGUUUCGUAUUGGUCGAAUUCUACGCUUGAUCAAGGCGGCCAAGGGGAUACGAAAAUUGCUGUUCGCUUUGGUUGUAUCGUUGCCGGCCCUAUUUAAUAUUGGGGCACUUUUGGCACUGAUCACAUUCAUCUAUGCCAUAUUGGGAAUGUCAUUAUUUGGUCAUGUUCGAUUACAGGGUGCACUCAACGAUAUGGUUAAUUUCCAAACAUUCGGCCGAAGUAUGACGUUAUUGUUUCGUUUGAUGACGUCAGCCGGAUGGAAUGAUGUUUUGGAAUCACUAAUGAUUCAACCUCCAAAGUGUAAUCCAUACUUUAAUAAUCAAACGAAUGGCGAUUGUGGCCACCCACUUUUGGCAAUCACAUACUUCACCAGCUUCAUUAUAAUUAAUUACAUGAUUGUCAUAAAUAUGUACAUUGCAAUCAUUUUGGAGAACUUCAAUCAAGCGCAUCAGGAGGAGGAAAUCGGUAUUGUGGAAGACGAUUUGGAAAUGUUCUACAUUCGAUGGAGCAAAUACGACCCACAUGCCACGCAAUUCAUUCAUUUUUCCCAAGUAUCCGAUUUCCUUUCAUCAUUGGAUCCACCGCUGGGCAUUCCCAAACCAAAUACAGUCGCUUUGGUGUCAUUCAAUUUACCGAUUUCAUCGGGCAACAAGAUCCAUUGUCUAGACAUUUUACAUGCUUUGGUGAAACACGUUUUGGGUCAUGUUGAAGAAACCGAUAACUUCAAGCAAUUACAGGAACAAAUGGAUGUCAAAUUCAAGAAACAAUUCCCCACACGUAAAGAAUUAGAAAUCGUUUCAUCGACUCGAAUUUGGAAGCGCGAAGACAAAGCAGCAAGAAUACUACAGAGUUCGUGGAGAGAAUAUCUGAGAAUGAAGAAAGAGCGUGAACGUUCACCGUUGUCGCAAGAAGAUGAGACUCAGACUUCGUCUCCGGGCGGUUGGCACAGUAAAUUAUCAGCUUUGAAUUUUUUGCACCUGCAAGUUCAUCGGCGUGGCACAUCCGCGAGCAGCCGAGCAUCUUCUCGCAAAUCAUCCAGAGCAUCGGACGCUUCUGACUUGAGCGAAUUGGCUGGACCUUGGCUCAAUUUGCCGUUGAUGUUAGUCGGAGGUGCUGGUGAUAUGCUCAAAGAUAUGAAACCGCCAGAAGAUGACAAAAACUCUGAUUCAGGAAGCCGGACACCUCGUCGAAAAAGUUUCUAUAAUUUCUUCUUGCGACAUCAAGAUGCUGUGGAUGAUUCAGUAGCAUCGCCAUCGGUGAAUCGGAAAGCAGGAAGCCCGAACGCGUCGACAGGUCGACCAGUAUCAACCACUAGUUCAUUCGACGAAAAGCAAAUGCCACAACAACUGCAACAGCAGCAACAAUUGCAAACCGCAGUCAGUACGAAAACAAAACGUGCCACUAGUUUUGUGCGCAAGAAGCCACCAUUCGAACGCGGCCUUUCCGCACAAAGCGCCCUCCGUAUUAAUAAGAACGCUCAUGUUGAUGUGAGCAUUUUGGUUACAGAACCAUCUCCUGAUAUUCCACCAGCGUCGUCAAUAAGUAGUCUUCAAAUUGAUCCACCUAGUACGUUGGUUCAUGUUUUAGUGCACAGAGAAAGUGAAGAAUAUCAAACCGACUUGGAAGAUAGUAACCCCGACAAAGAUGAACAAGCGAAAAGGUUACAAAAAUCACCGACACCAUCACAACUACGUGUAACACCCUGCGAAGCAGCAAACGAAUUGGAUCCAGUUGGCAAUCAAGAGAGCAUUGUCAAAAUUAUGGUUGAAAGUCCAAAAACACCGCCAAAUGUGGAAUAUGAAUUUGGCGUUGCCUUUCCUCAAACAGCAGUCGUCCGAAAAAAGACUGAAUCAACACAAGAAAUAGAACAAACUGAUGGUCAAACUUCGCCGACAUCAGUCACAUUGGUAACGGAUAAUAUACAAGAGCCAAUUGAUGUAAAUAUUCCCCGUGACACUACGAACAUUUUCUAUGCAUACGAAGAAACGGAAGUAGACAAUAGUUUUCAAUCUCAGCAACAGCAACAGCAGCAGCAGCAGCAGCAGCAGCAAUCCCAGCAACCGCUUGAUUCUAUCAAUACUUCAAUUCCAGAAAUCAAUACAUCCGAUACAAUACCCAACAAUCAACCAGUUAACAUCGAAAAUGAUGACACAAUAGAUCCUCCGGAAACGAAUGAAUCCGAAAACCAAUCAAUAAUCCAAAUCAGUAGUGAUAAUCCCGAAUCAAAUAGCAGCUGACCAACAAACUAAACCAAUACCAAAAUUAAUUGACAAGUUGUGAGCGAAUACACACCUUUUAACAUAUAUCACCAAAAAAACAAUCUACAUAGUUGACAAUCUUCUCUUGAGAUCUUCAUAAAGUAGCAAGUGUUAAGUUUAGGAACGCAUUUUUUUUAUUGAAUUCAUAUAAAUAUAAUGAGCUGCAAUUCAGAUAAAAAGCUUUUUUAUCUGAUGAAUGUGAUUUUCAACGCGCGAAAUCUUUCUCCCCCAUACUCGUGCAUAUUUUGUUUUAGAUGCAUUUUUUUAAAUAAAAACUUUUAGUUUUCAAUAGAUCAACAAAAUCUUCGGUGUGUAUUACAACUCUGCAACGCUAACAUUUUAUGCCGUUGAGAGUAUAACACAUUUUUAUUGCAUUAUAAAAUGGAAAUGAAUGAAAAUUCGUUUCGAAUACUUUUUAAAAGUAGGAAACUAAAGCAAAAAAAAAAAAAAACAGAUUUACUAGCGACUGCAGAGAAUUACAUAAUGCAGGUUGGCCCUAACCUUUUUAAAAGUUCUUAAAAUCAUUUAGUAGCAUAUCUAACGGAAGAUUUGCAGGAGCAAAAAAAAAUAUAACACAACAAAAAGUUUCCGAUAUAAAUCACUGCUUGAAACAAGCGAGAAUGUGAUGAACAGCGCACAGGUUGAUGGCGGUCGAAAAGAGCCACGAGUGAGCAAGAACAACAACAACAACAACAACAACAAAACUGAAAUAAAAACGAAUUUGUUAUGUAUUUAAUAAAGGGAAUUACCAUACAUUAUUGUUUAAUUUGUUAUGACGCAUGAAGAACAACAACAACAAAUCAAUUUGGAGUUUUUACAAAUUAUAACGUCAAUAUUUAUCGAAAAUUUAAUCAAGUUGAUUAACAACGUAUCCGAUAAUUGUAAUAAUAAUAAUUGUAAUAUAAAUGAAGUUGAAAACAUCAAUCAAUUGUUCCAAAUGAUUGCAUAAGGUAAAACAAUUGCAUUGACAUUGUUAGUUUCAUAUUUACGAAUUUCGCGCUUAUGUUCUGCGUGUGACAAAUGAAAAAUAAAAAUUAGCAGUGAAUCGAGAACAAAGAGAAAACAGCCCACAUACACAUGAAACGAUAUUAUCUUCUGGACCAAAUUCCUUAUCGCAUAAAAUUUACUAUAUUUUUCCCUCAAGUAUACACGAUAACACCUCCUCCAACUAAAUAGCUUGUGACACCAAAAUUCAUUGACUUUUGCUAUUUCUCAGCGCCAUUGACUCACACAUUUUAUUGUCACUGAACAUCCUCUAAAUAAAAA